GUUGUUACGCGGUGCUAAUCUAUGAAGAUCGCCGAUGCAGCGUUGAUCUAAAACAACACUGCACACGGCCCGCGGUGCAGCGUCGGCAUAACGUGCAGCGCGUGACUCGCUAUGACGUCAACGGUGGCUUCGCAAUAUCGGAAAUACGGAAAUCAUGUUACUUUUGAUUCACACUUCGAUCAUUGUCAUUGUCUUAGAAAUAAUUAACUAAAUGUAAUUUUUACUUUAAAAUUAAAUCUUUUCAAAUAACUUUGCUUUUUUUUGGGACCUCCGGUUGUAGCCCACAUAAUUGGCGCAGUGGGUAGGAUAACUCGAGCCAGUGCGCGAUCGGUUUUUACGAAACGUUGCUCCCAAUCGCUACUGGUUGAGCUUUCAAGCCUUCAUCGAGACUUCAAGAAUCUACGGGCGCUGCAGUCCAGAGGUGAAUCCAGCUAUCGAUUCGUCCAAGAAAAAGCUAUGCUGACGCUCCUGAUCCUUCACCUGGUCCUGCCCAUGGCUCUACCUCAAGAGAUAAGACUUGAGAGCCUAGACAAUGGACCCGGCAUCUUACCUUUCAAACUAGGCGAGGCUAAAAUCAUAUCCCAUCAUCACUCCUUCAUUCAGAAUGUUAACUUGGACCUUUUACAAGAUAAAAUUAACUCCGUAAAUGACCAGUUAUUAACUAGCAGCCCCGAUCUUCACAAUAAAACUAAUUUAUUAUUCCAGCCUCAUAUAGACUAUCUUAAAAAUAAACUUAAAAACGUGUCUGAGCAACUUAAAUCUUUUGAGACGGGUCGUGUAAAGAGAGGUCUCAUAGAUGGUCUCGGCAGUGUCGUAAAAAGCAUUACAGGUAACCUUGAUUACACCGAUGCGCUACAUUAUAAUCACGCAAUAAAAGCUCUCGAAGAAGACGAACAUAGGCUUGCUACCGAAUUUAAUCAACAUGUUAGUUUAACAAAAGAUCUCACUUCCCAAUAUUCCAAAAUUAUCAAUGAUAUAGUAAAGAACCAGAACAAAAUGGCGGACUUAAUUAAUAGAAUUAACGAAAGUGAUGCAAGUAGGGAUUAUGAUUUAAUAAAAUAUGCACAUCUAGCUCAGAUGCUUAUCAUUCUUAGCGAUAACGUAGAUUCUAUCUCACAAGAAUUAACUCGUUUACAAAACAUCUUAGCAUUCAUAAGAACCUCUACUAUGCACCAUUCAGCUAUUAGUUUAGAUGAAAUACGGAAUAUAUUACACAAACUGACAGCUAUAUAUGGCCGAGAUAGAAUAAUUGAUUUAGACAUCAGAGAAUAUUAUGAGUUAGUUAGAUUAGGUUCAUAUUACGUAGGAAAUAAUAUAGUAAUAGUAUAUAAAUUCCCAAUUUUCCAGCUUCCUAUAUAUGACUUAUACAAGUUAUCUAUCAUACCUAACAGAUUUCAUGAAGUCCUUAUACCGCCUUCUCCUUUCCUAGCCAUCUUCCAGAAAGAUUUCAAGAACAUAGAGGCUGAAUGCCCGAAGUCUAGUAAAUGGUUUAUAUGCGAGGAAAAACGAAGUUUGCAGAACCGCCCAUCACAGAGCUGCAUACCUGAACUUAUCACCACACAGAAAAGGAAUCCAACAUGCCAGCCCAUCGCGAUCACUUUGGACCAAAUAGCUUACGAGGAACUUGAUGACAGAUAUUACACCAUAAACUUCCCAUCUCCUACGAAGAUUCACCUAUCCUGCGGACAAGACCUUUACAAAGAAGUUAACGGCAGCUAUCUACUAACUAUACCACAGAAUUGCUAUAUAGAAACAUCUCAACUACAUAUUACUAACAAGAAAGAUCGUUUGAAAGGCCACGUGCUCAAAAUCAUGGAUCUACCCCAUAAAGAAACGAACAUUCAGACUCCAGCUCCAACCCUGAAACUUAACUCAAUAAACCUGGAACACUUACAUACUACCAACACAAAAAUUAUGCAAGAAUCCCCACAUAUUAUACAAGCUACAAAUGAUUACGGAAUCUAUCACACUACGAUCCCGCUAUACCUAUCAUUGUUCGGUGCAUGCGCACUCGUUAGCUACGUUGCCUAUCGCAAAUACGUGCUAAAUUCUAAGGGGACUACAGAUGACAAUCCACAAAGCUGUCCAGAUCAACCUGAAAGGAUUUACACCAUCCCGGAACCCAGCGAGAGGACAAGAUGUAACCAACCCCCACCUCAAUUUACUACGAAAAUCAUCGGUGGUGGCUGUUCUUCGGCGGGAGGUGUUACGCGGUGCUAAUCUAUGAAGAUCGCCGAUGCAG